CUGGUCGGAGUGUCGUUUACUACCGUGGCUGCGCUGUUUGGAAGAAGCACUACACUUUCUCAACAUUUCAGUAUGCAACGCCCCAAAACUACGAGAGGGAAAACACAAUAAGCUGUUGCUAUCGCCGCCCUUUCGUUGUGACUAAUAGAUGAAAUAUCAACCCAAACGUGUUUUUUUUUUUAAACCGUAUUUUCCCCCAAACUGAGGGGGGUUUCUUCUCACAAAAGGCCGCCACUGGAGACACACGACUCGCCGGAGAAGCUGUCCGUGUGGCUGGAGAAAGGACUCAAACAUUAUCGACCUCAGUAGCCUCUAGGCUUUCGGGUCCGUAGCUUAUACUUGACGGCUGUUUGGAAAAAGCUAUUAUCGGUUAUGAGAAACACAGAGCAGUGAGGACCGUGAUUUCCUUCCCCGCUUUGCCAUGCACGGAGCUCGGAUGUCCGCAGAAGAAUGUGUCGGUCUCUCCCGGCGUUAGCUCCGCUGUGGCUCCAUGGCCAACAGUAACAACAUGCUCCUGGCCUCUGCCGUGGUGGUGUGGGAAUGGCUGAACGAACACGGCCGGUGGAGGCCUUACAGCCCCGCCGUCUCCCACCAGAUAGAGGCGGCCAUCCGGAGCAGCGACCCCCGCGGAGGGAGCGUGGUCCUCGGCCAGGUGGACAGCCGGCUCUCGCCCUACAUCAUAGAUCUCCAGUCCAUGCACCAGUUCAGACAGGACACAGGAACCAUCCGUCCGGUGCGAAGGACUUUUUACGACCCAACCUCGGCCCCGGGUCAGGGCUGGCAGUGGGAGUGGGAGAAUGAUGCGGGUUCGUGGACGCCCUAUGACAUGGAGGUGGCCAUCGCGAUCGAGAGUGCCCACAACCGCCAGCAGCCCUGUCUCGACCUGACCCCACUCGGCUUCUGCUACCUCAUUGAUUUUCAGAACAUGACACAGGUUAACAGACAGAGCCAGAGGUGUCGCAGGCUGCAGAGACGAGCAGACGUAGCCUACCCUUUAGUGUCUGGUCCUCUCCCGCUGCCUAAAGGAGGAGUUGUAGGAGGAGGCGGAGGUCUGACAGGAGCCCUGCUGGGUGUCGGGGUGUCAGGGUCCAGUAUGGGGAUUGGAAACUCUCUCUACUCCAAUGGGGGCUUACCAGCUACUGGACUAGGCCAACCUUGUUCCUGCCAGCAGUGCAUGCUGGUCCUUAGUGUGAAGGCCAACACAGGUGGUGUAGGGGGAGGAGGCGCAGGUAUUCAGACUCUAGGUAGAAGAUCUUUAACCAUGCAGCGACCGAAGACCACUGCACCUUUCUCCUCUAAACCUCUGAGUCCGUCGAAAUCCGCCACUCUUGGACGAGGACAGCAGCAGAACUCCAACUCCAACUCCAACUACUACCAGACGCUGCCGCACGGACUCGCCAUCUCCAGAAAUAUUGCCUCCCCGAGAAGGAACGCCCAGCUCUUCGCUCAGUCACUCGCUGCCCUCACGGCUGGCACUUCCACUCUCGGCAUCUCCUCGUCUUCCAACAGGCCGCCGCCACCGUCCCUCCCCCCUCCUCAGCCUCCGUCAUCAAACCCGAGCCAGAACCCUCCGUCCAUCCCGCCAAAACUCUCCUCAAAUUCAGCAAGCGACCCGGUGCCGACCGCUACGUUAGUAACCCCAGCAAACAGUGUGACCACACCCCCCUCGCCCGUGCCCUCUCCCUCGCCGAUGGUGAUGAAGCCACAACGCAGCGUGUCUUCCGCGGCAACAGUGUGCCAUGCCCCAUUGCCACAGAGGUCAAGUUUAGCCGGGCUGAGCAGACCAGCGUUACAGAGGAUAGCGAUGGCUCAGUCCAGGGCGCUCAUAGCAUCAGGCGUGCCCACCGUCCCAGUGAAGAACCUCAAUGGAUCCAGUCCUGUUCACCCUGCACUGGCUGGGAUCACAGGUAUCCUGAUGAGUGCUGCUGCUCUGCCGGUGUGUCUGACCCGGCCUCCUAAACUCGUGCUGCACCCUCCGCCAGUCAGCAAAAGCGACAUCAAACCCGUGCCAGGCUUUGGUCACUGCUGCAGGAAGACCACCAAGAAGCAGGCUCGCAAGGGUAAAACUCCAGAGGAGGUGGUAAAGAAGUAUCUGCAGAAAGUAAAAAGUCCACCAGAGGAGGACUGUACAAUCUGCAUGGAGCCGUUGGGGGGUCCGUCUGGAUAUAAGGGUCCAGGGGUGGGGCCUGUGUCUCGGGCAGAGUCAGUCGGCCGUCUAGCGCAGUGUGGACACCAGUACCAUUUCCAGUGCCUGGUGGCCAUGUAUAAUAAUGGCAACAAGGACGGAAGUCUUCAGUGUCCAACCUGUAAAACCAUCUACGGCGUGAAGACGGGCAACCAGCCGGCAGGGAAGAUGGAGUACCAUGUCAUCCCUCACUCUCUCCCUGGACACCCCGACUGCAAAAGCGUACGGAUCAUCUACAACAUACCACCAGGCAUUCAGGGACCAGAGCAUCCCAACCCAGGGAAGCCCUUCACUGCCAGAGGCUUUCCCCGACACUGCUACCUCCCAGACAGCGAGAAAGGACGCAAGGUACUGAGACUGCUCCUGGUAGCAUGGGACCGCAGGUUGAUCUUCUCGGUUGGUACUUCGAGCACUACGGGAGAGUCCGACACCGUCAUCUGGAACGAGGUCCACCAUAAGACGGAGUUCGGCUCCAACCUGACGGGCCACGGUUUUCCCGAUCCCGGACACCUGGACAAUGUCCUGGAGGAGCUCCGAGCUCAGGGCAUCACAGAGGAUGACGCAAUGAUGGAAAAGUGAAAGGAUGAGUUAGAGAGAACGAGGAUACAUCCGCCUGAGAGGAAAAACAGAAGAAACUAAGACGGCGAGAAUUAAAGUAACAGCAGAAGCAGCCGAUGGAGGAAAAGAGGAAGAGGUCCUGGACUGAGACAGACUCUCUCUGCCAGCACUUAAACAGAAGGGGGGAUGCAGGGGGUUGUAGAAGAUUGAUUUUGUUUUUGCAGAGGUAACUACUUUUCAAGAUGUCGAUCGUGUCACUGCUGACAAUGUGAGUCGAUCCAAACAGCAAAAAAAAAAUGGAGGGGGGAUGGGAGUUAAAGGGAGCCGCAGCACAGACAGGAAAGCAACAAAGAGGAGGAGGGUCACACUCAUGGUUUUAGCCUCUAGAGAUAGGUACUUAACAUGGAGAAGUGUGAAUGAAACGGUACUAACAUCCAGGACAAAAAACAAGUUUACUUUACUGAGAGAAAGAGAAAACCAAGAAAAGAUGGCAAAAUGUUAGAAAACUGAGAAAACUGGGAGAGAGGGGACAAAGAGAGAGCAGUCGGAGCAAAUGGGGAGUGAGGAGGAGGAGGAGGGGGAAGGAGAGAAGGAUUGAUGUAGCAGAAAGAUGGAAAAGAUGGUGCAUGAAUGUAGCGUAGGAUAUGAGUAGGGUAAAAAUUAACUUGUACGGUACUUUAGAGAUCGCUGUUAACACAAAGAAACGGUCAGAGACGCUCUGUCUGUGUGUGCUUUGAAACCACCUGCCUGCACGUGGUUGGACUGUGGUGCUGUUGCUCCCUCUUGUGGUGAAACUGCUGGAACUGCAUUUUUGUCUGGAAGCUACUGGAACAAAUCCAAAUGUUACUAUGAGUUUUAUCUACCUUUUUGUUACUUUUUUUUUCAUCACUGUUACUAUAACCCUCAUGUAACAUCAUUCCAUACUUUACCUCUUACUUUUGACUCGAUGGUUUUUUUUUAUACGACCUGCAUAUGUGACAUGACAAAAGACCAAACGAAGGCUGAGUCACUUUGGGCCUAUUUGGAGUCUUACUUUUGAGCCACUGCGGUACAAGUUAACCUUAGAUACACACAGGUACCAGUAUUUACUGAUAUAUCUGUCUUUUAUUUUUAUUCUUUUGACGGUUCACAUGUAUAUCAUUGCUGUUGUGUUCCCCCCUAACAGGGAGGCACCGAUAUGAAAAAAUGAGCUGACGAGGGUGAGCAUUUGAGGGGGGUUUGUUACUGGAGCAAGAGACCGUAAGAUUGGGCAGAGUGUUGGGAGUCAGGGGAAUGGAGAGGACAGGAGGUAAUACAUUAACUACUGAGACAACCCAGUGUUUAAACGAGCAAUGAUACAAUCCUGCUUUUACCAUCAUUAAUACUGGACCACCAUUCAUCAAGAUUACAAAUCCAGACCCUUAAAUAUCCAAGGAACCUGCCACCAGUCAUAUUCUGGUAAAAUACAACGCUUAAAAAAGACAUCAAAUGAUGGUCCCAUAUCUAUGCCACAGAAGAAAAGCUUAUUUCUUUUUUUUUUUUACUUUGACUGGAUACAAAAGUGUUUGAUGCUGUUUUGGGAAAUCUCCUGACGACACGAUGAGCUAUUUCCUCAUCCUGUUGACAUCAGUUAAGACUUUUAUAAACCUGCAUUGUGAAGUAGGUCUUUCUGGCAUCUUUUUUAAAUAUGUGCAAUCAAAUCAGAGCCACAGUUCUUCAUGUUUUGCGUCAUAAUGCUGUAUUCUGAUUCUAGAUGAUCAGUGGCUAUAUGAAGUGAAAGUGCCACUCACUGGAGACAGAUGAACAUGUGCUCCACAGCUGAGAGAAAACACUUGGUAUUGGUCAGCCUCUAGUAGCUCGAUGUGGUGAAGUAAAUCCAGACAAAGUUUCCGGAGCAGUGUGUUUCCAGAUUAGAAUAAAUUCACUGACACCACUCUAACUGGUGUUACAACAUAUCUGGUAGGACAAAUACUAAGUGGUUGUAUUCAAUUAAAACAAAUAAUUAUAAAAGAUCCUGCAGUUGAACUCGGCACGCAUGAGAACAUAGCUUUACAUGUAAUAAAGGAUUAACUAAUGAUUAUUAAAGACUUGAAAUAUUCACAUUUUGACUUUCAAUGUCACAUAUUUCAAGUAACUCAACUGUACUUGCUCCUGAUUGGCUUUUGCAGCAUCACAAUGCCUGUGAUAGUUUGAAUUGACUGGAUCAAUAUUCUAACAGAUCGGCUUUUCUGAACGAUGAUGAAGAGUAAAAACGUAACGCACGCAAAGCACCAGAAGAAGCGUUCUGUGACGGGUACGAUAACAUGGGAUCUUUAAUUGAUCACUUAUGAGCCCAUCCUUAAUGAAACCAGACGCAUUUGUUUGAUCAUAAAUCAUGUUUAAGUCCCUCCUCUUCUUUUCUCCACCUCUCUUGACUCCUCAACAAACCGCCCAGUCUCUGAGUUGGGUCUGUUAAAGACCCUUUAUACAUCGCUACAAGACCUAUGAGUGAGUGAGUGAGUGUGUGUGUGUGUGUGUGUGUGCGCGCUAGUGUGUGAGAUAAACUGUGUACUGUGUAUACUCCCAACAAACCACCGGUUUAGGGUAUUAUUUUGGUACUCCAUGAAACUCCCAUCAUCUUCACACUGUGAUGAUGACUGAUGAUGGCUCUCUGUACGGUAACUUUUUAAUUAUGUUCUUGUUUUAUAUUAAAUAUCAUUACACCUUUUCUGUUUUUAAUAGCAUUUUCCUUGACACUAUAAUAGAUUAAAUCACCUUUUUCAUUUUGUAUCUUAUGAUAAAUAUGUUGUUGUUGUUUUUUUUCCAUUUGUUACUAUUGGUUUACAAAGACAGUAUUGUGAAAUACAAAGUCUUUCUUUCAUGUGUACAGAAGUUAAGCUGAAUUGUCUUUUCUUUGGAAAAGGAAUCUGAUGGUAGACUUUUAUUUGAGUGUAAAGUGUAAUGAAUUGUAAUAGCAAGUAAAAAGAAAAAAAAACAUGUACACUUGCUCUUCUGUGAGGUAGAAAUUCAUUUUUCCAGCUGUUGUCUGUCCUGCUUCUGUUCUGCUCUGAGGGAUGUUUUCACAGCAGAUUAGUUGAAUUAUCAUCCAGAUUUUGGACUGUCGCUCAUUUCCAAGGCUCUCGAGGAGGAAUAGGGCCUACUGUAAGAAAUAAUAAAUAUUACAUUUAAUAAGAAGGAAGAUUUUUUUUUUUUAAUGCAAUUUGAGAAAUGUCCAAACACACUGUCCCUUACCUACAUGACAACCUUUUAAGGUUUUAACACUUAGUUCUCAAUAUUUCCUUAAUUCUUUGUUUUUACUCAUCACAAACAUAAUGAAAACAGUUUUAAGAAAGAAGUCUAAAUUCUGAUCAAAACAUUUAGAGUAAAGUUUUAGUGUCAAGUCUUUUUUUCAAGGUUGACAUUACUUUAAACUGUUACUAACUUUUCACUCUACAUAUCUUUCAACAUGUUUGAUAGGACAUUUAUUCUUGGCACUUUUCCUCAACUUAAAUGUAUUCUUGCAGUACAACAUUUUAAAAAAUCUUCUCUUUUUUUAAAUUUCUUACAUUAUGUCCUAACGACUCUGUAUUUAGCAGCAGAAGUGCAGGUGGCACAGUGAAAAUUAUGUUUCUUCUUUUUAAAACAUUGUUCACAUUGUUUCCUUUUGUGUUGUUGCAGUUUUCUUUCUCUGUCAGGCCCAAUCUCUGAACGAUGACAGCAUGUUUUCAAAGCUAAUGAAGUAAAUUGAGUUGCAAAACUAGUCUUAUUUCCCUUUAUUUUCUAAAUUGGAUUUUAUAAGUAUGACGAUUAUGUUAUUUUAAGAAAUAUGAACACAAACCUCAGUUGUCUUUGAAAGAGGCAGAUUGUUCAUAAAAAGGUUUUGAUCCAUUUUCAGGGUCUGAGGCCGUGUUAGCAAUGUAGCAAACAUCUGUGACUAAUAAUUCAGAACUUCAGUUUUGUUGCAUUUUUAAAUGUCUGUUUCUUUCCCUUCAUCAAUUCUCAUCCCAACUGAAGACAGCAUCUACUCCAAAAACAUCUGUCAGUGAAUAUGAUACGAGCUCAAUGACUUGUCGACUUGUGUAGAGCAGUGGGGCUGGGAAACAGAUGAUCAGAGGUGCUGUUAUGGAGAGCUUCAACACGUGAUGAAAGCAAACUGUAUAUACUGCAAAAGUAAUUGCUAAGUAUGAAUGAGUGAUUAAUACAAGAAAAAAUAAAGAAUGGGUGUAACUUC